ACGAGGCGUAAACAGACAGGCCUGUAAAGUCGAAACAGAACUGGAACUUCAGAGAGGUAGUGAAGGAUUUACUUCAACCAGACUAGAAAGCUAGAAAUACAGACAGUACUUGCAACAGAAUCAUGAAAGGACGAAGGGAUACGUGACUUUACUGCGGACACCUGCUUGACGUGUGACCAGGUCGAGGGAGACAACAUGACAUCCACCAACUCCACAGAGGACGACGCGUGUGCAUCAGACGACAGACUGUGCAUUGCCCGGACACAUCAGUUGGAUGUGAUCAUCGUUCCUGUCAUUCUCCUCUUCGGCAGUCUGGUCACGUUAAUGACCAUCUGCUUGAUGAAGUACUGUCCUGGCCAGAGGAGUACGACAAGGACCGCUGUCCCUUACCCACACAACACUGCACACAAUAGACAGCCGGAGGGGCACAGGCAUAGACACACAGAAGGACACAGAGACCAUCACGGAGACCACCACAGAGACCAUCACAGAGACCAUCACAGAGACCAUCACAGGGAUCAUCACAGGGACCAUCACAGAGACAACCACAGAGACCACCACAAGGGCCAUCACAGGGACCACCACAUAGACCAUCACAGAGACAACCACAGACAUAAAGACCACCACAGACACAGAGACAACCACAGACAGAGACACCCACUUCAUGGAAUCGAUGCACCACCUGGCAUAAAUCCAAUGGAGCACGAGGAAAUGCAAAUGUCAGUACAUCCAAACUUCUCAACAACGCCAAAGACAUCCUCGCCUAGGCUUCAAGAAGGGUUCAGCCGGAUCACUGCCCUGCCACUGACCUUCGCCAUGAAACCACAUGACAUGUCCACCAUCUACAGGGCUCGCAUGGACAACAAGAACGUAAUCCUGAGAGUGCUAAAAGACUCUGCAAAUGACCAAGAGAAGCACUAUUUCCUGGGGUUUGCUUCGUUCCUGUCUGGCCUUGGGCCACACCCCUUCAUCCCAGCAGUGCUGGGUGUUGUCUCUGUGCACCACCCCAUAAUGUUGGUGUUGGAGGAGCUACAACACAGAGAUCUGCUGGGUUUCCUCUGGAGUUGUCGACAGAAUAACUUCAGUAACUUCACAGAGAAAAGACUCUUCAUUAUGGCUGGACAAGUCGCAUCUGCACUGGAGUACCUGCACAGUCAAGGCUGCAUUCAUGGCAACCUGGGAGCUCGCAGCGUUUUGAUUGGAGCAGAUCUGUCAGCAAAGCUGUGGGGGCUCAGCCCUGCUUACCACAGGAAAACACGGACGCCACUUCCACGGGGGGUGGAGGAGCUGGACAUGAGGAAAUGGCAGGCCCCUGAAGUCCUGGCCAGACAAGCUGUCAGUCAGAGCAGCGACGUCUGGUCAUUUGGAAUUCUGCUAUACGAAAUGAUAACACUAGGUGACCCACCAUUUCAUGACGUCACGGUAACCGAGCUGCUGCAGCAUCUCCAGAGGGGGAAACACCUCAAGCGGCCAGCCAACUGCUCCAACUCACUGUACUCCAUCAUCCGCUUGUGCUGCCAAUUCAGCACUCAGCAGCGACCCUCCGUGCUCAGUUUGCUCCAGAAGUUUCAGGCGGGAGAACGGUCAGCCAAUGGGAGGACAGUUAUCACAACGUCGCAGCCAAUAGACACGGAGAGAUACCUUAGAGAGGCGGGAUUUGGUGCCGCCUUCAGUUUUGCUGAAGUGUGAUCGAUUUUUUAAUUCAGAUUUUUUUUUCGAUGGACAUGAGCUUAUUUAUUUAAAGUUUUUGUUUUGAGUAGAAUGGAUUUCUGUAAUUUAAAAUGCUGAAUAAAUAAGAAGCACUUGAAGAAGCGGAAGGAUAUUCAUGGCUGUAGAAACCUUGCACUGGCAGCACAAAGUAGUGUUUUAAUUUUCAAAACAGUGGCGAGAAACUUUCAUUUUGCGCUCUGAGAUUCAAUGAAUAUGAGUAUGAGCGAUAUUUAAUAGAGGCUCGAGCCUUCCCAAAUUGCCCUAUGAUGUGUGGCAGAAUAACACUUAGAGGCUGAGUAACAGAAUUUAUAUUUUAAUGAACAACAUUUACCAGACGUGUACAAGCAAAC